AUGGUGUUGAAUAUUAAAACCGAUUAUGAAGAUGAUACUCAUACUAAAAUCAUUGAGAUUAAUGAUAAUGAGACUGAUUCUGAUGAUGAUAUUUCUAAAGAUGAACAUUUGUCAAGUAAGUCUACUGAAUUUAGUACCUCCAAAACAAGUUCAAAUAAUGUUAGUGUAUUAAACAAAGGUACUAUGAGCUCCGACCUUAAUGAAAGCGAUUCUUCAGACUUGGAUUUUGAAUUUUUAAAACCAUUAUUUAAAAUAAAUCAGUCAGGAAGAAACAAUCAAGACAAACCCAGAUCAAAUUUCACUGUGGUGGUCACUAAUGAUUCAGGUGAAAUCGAAACUAUGCGAAGAGAUAACUGUGAUUCAAAAUCACUAGGCUCCACUCCAGAAGAUAUGAUGUCUAGUAAAGAGAGCCUUACUCUAGUUAUUUAA